CUCUCGUCCCAUCGCAACCGCGAGCACCCCCACCCAGCUCCCACGCCCGUUCCCUGCAGCGCACGCCGGCGAUGGGCAAGGGGAAGCAGCGCGUCCGCGCCCGCGGCGACGGCGCCGGAGGAGAGCCUGCCGGGGAAGGCGAAGCUGCCGUCGCCGGAGGCGGCGGCGCUGCCGGCGGGGGCCACACCCCCUCCACCGUCUUCGUCUCCAACCUGCCGUACACCUACAAGUCCUCCGAUCUCGAGACGGUGUUCAGCGAGGUCGGGCCGGUGAGGCGCUGCUUCAUGGUCGCGUCGAAAGGGUCCGAGACGAGUAAAGGAUUUGGGUUUGUACAAUUUGCCACUGUUCAGGAUGCUGAGCGAGCUAUUCAACAAAAGAAUGGUUUUGCUGUUGCUGGUAGGAAAAUCAGAGUUAAGCUCGCAAUACAACGUGCUCCGUUGAAGGAACGUUUGCAAAAGAAAGAGAGCGUGCAAGCUGACGACUCCAAUGCAAAAGAUGAAGAAGAUGACAAUUCUACUCCUGUUCCUGUAAAACAUAAGGAGACCUCUCAUAAAGCUGAUGCAGGACCACCACAGUUAUUGGCCAAGUAUACCAAAGUAGCGAAGGAAGUUAGCACUAAUGCUACUGACAAACCGAAAAGUUCUGAAAAGCAAAGGAUCGCCAAAACCGUUAUAUUUGGUGGUCUUCAAGACUUCUCCAUGGCUAGUGAAGUUUUCCGUCUGGCAGGAGAGAUUGGCACGGUAGUGUCUGUAAAUUAUCCACUUCCAAAAGAGGAAAUGGAGCUCCAUGGGCUUGCACGCGAUGGGUGCACAUCGGAUGCGGCAGCAGUACUCUUUUCAAGUGUGAAAUCAGCUUGGGAGGCUGUUGUCCUCUUGCAUCACAAGGAGAUAAAAGGAGCAAUUGUUUGGGCUCGUCAACUUGGUGGGGAGGGUUCAAAGAUCAGGAAAUGGAGAGUGAUAGUCAGGAACCUGCCAUUCAAGGUUACUAUAAAGGAGGUCAUGGACAUAUUUAGUUGUGAAGGAUUUGUCUGGGAUGUCUCCAUUCCACAAAAAUCUGAUGAUGGGAAGUCAAAAGGCUUUGCUUUUCUGUCUUUCACACGCAAACAGGAUGCAGAAAAUGCUAUAAAAAAUGUUAACGGAAAAGUUAUUGCAAAGAGAACAGUCGCUGUUGAUUGGGCUGUUCCGAAGAAUGUAUAUGCUGUUGCUGCAAAGUCUGAUGCUAAGGACGAUGAGUUGGAAGAUAUAUCUGACAAGGGCAGUGACAAGGAAUCCUCUGAAGAUAAUCUUGUUGGAGGAGAUGACAGCGAUGAUAACUGUGAACUUGAUCAGGAGACUUCAAAUCGUCUUCCUGUGGAUGAUUUCAAAAGUGAAGCGGACAUUUCUAGAAAAGUUCUUGAAAAUUUGAUCAAGUCAUCAGAGAAGUCUGAGCGGUCUGGUGUUGAGAGUUCUGAUAUUGAUACAGAUUCUGAAACAGAAAAUGACACACCAGAGAAGAGUUCUGAUAUUGAUACAGAUUCUGAAACAGAAAAUGACACACCAGAGAAGAGUUCUGAUAUUGAUACAGAUUCUGAAACAGAAAAUGACACACCAAAAAAGAAGCAACCCCAGUCACCUGCAGCUGUCAAGUUGGCAGAAUCUAGAGAUGUAACAAAGACCGAAAGUAUCAUUCCUGCUUUGAAACCUGCAGCUGCCAUGUUGGCAGAAUCUAAACAUGUAGCAGAGACAGAAAGCAAUGUUCCUUCUUUGAAACCUAAGAAAGAAGAUGCUGGCCUGGAUAGGACAAUAUUCAUAAGCAACCUUCCUUUCGAUAUUAGCAAUGAGGAGGUAACAGAGCGGUUCUCAGUGUUUGGGAAGGUUCAAUCUUUCUUCCCAGUUCUGCAUAAACUCACAAAGAGACCUAGAGGGACUGGUUUUCUCAAGUUUUCUACAGCAGAGGCAGCCGAUGCAGCAGUUUCUGCUGCUAAUGCUGCUCCUGGAUUAGGAAUUUUUGUAAAAAGCAGACCACUUAAUGUUAAGAAAGCGCUGGAUAAGGAGUCAGCUCACAAAAAGGAACUGGAGAAGGGAAAGAAUGAGGUUGAGGAUCGACGCAACCUGUAUUUGUCAAAGGAAGGUGAAAUACUCCCUGGAACGCCAGCUGCGGAAGGUGUUUCAGAUGUUGACAUGAAUAAACGUAGUUGGUUGGCUAAAAGAAAAGCAGAAAUGCUUGUAUCUCCAAAAUUCCAUGUCUCCAGAACAAGGCUUAUCAUUUACAAUUUGCCAAAGACUCUGACCAUUAAUGAUGUAAAGAAGCUUUGCCGAGAAGCAGUAAUUUCUCGUGCUACCAAGCAAAAUCCUGUCAUCCGGAAGGUAAAUAUCCUAAACAAUGAAAAGAAAGGUCAGGGUGCUGCACAAAAGCAUUCCCGGGGGGUAGCCUUUGUUGACUUUCAAGAACAUGAGCAUGCUCUUGUAGCUCUGAGGGUUCUAAACAACAACCCUGGAACCUUUGGUACAGAACGUCGUCCAAUUGUCGAGUUUGCACUUGAGGAUGUUGAAAAAAUGAGGCUCCAGAAGAUUCGGAACGAACGCAAUGGUAGGGCAAAAGAGGCUGCACAAGAGCGGAGGGCUCUGGGAGAUCAGUCUACAACUGAUGGCCCUCGUCCAAAUAAGAAGGGACCUUUUGGAAAAGGGAGCAAGCAAGAAUCGCAAGAUAUACCAUCUAAAUUAUCUGACUCUGGCAAAGGACCUUCAGAUGAUCUGUCAGUUCCUGGAGGUCCCAACACCACUGUGGAAAGCACACAGGGAGACAAAAGGCAAUCUCAAAGGCCCGCGAAACGAGCACGGCAGUCAAUUAAGGGAACCUCCUCUGUGUCAGAUGGAAAUCAAACAGAUGUGGCCCCGAAUGCUGCACCGAGUGGACCAUCCACAGCACACACUCAGGCGGACGCACGAAGAAAAAGGAGGAACAGAAAUGAUGGUGAGCAGAAGAGAGACAAGGCUACGAAAAGGGCGAGGAAAGAUGCGAGUGGGGCGGGGGGCGUGGACAAGUCGCUGGCGGAGCAGUACCGCUCCAAGUUUCUGCAGCACGGCGUGAACAAAACCAAGGCUAGUUAAGUGGGAUCGCCAUGGACAGACAGAGACCACCAGCUUCUCCACAGCUGAAGCUGGCUGAGAACCCCCUCCGCAAACCCUUCAGCCCCGUUGACCGGGGUACGAUUUUGCUUGUAGUGCUACUAUGAUUUGUUUUCCCCUUGUAGCUUCUACUCCCUGUGAAACAGCGACUAACCUCUUUUCGUCAAGCUUUUCACUGCCCAAGUUCUCUAUUUAUAAUCUCAAGGAUGAGUAGGCUUUCAACUACCAUCUGAUAUGAACUGCAGCGUGCUAAAGAUGGAUCUAGACAAGGAUGGAUGAUCAGGUGCUUAUAUUCCUU